ACAAACAGAAAUUUCACAGAAUUUUGCGAAGCAGACCGCCAUGACAGCUCGGAAAAGAGCUUCAGCGACGGCGACAACAACAGCGGCCGCUGCAGACUCGAGGCGAGCUGCAGCAGGCCAUAAAUCCCCGGAAAGCACCUCUUCUGAUCUGCCGAUCGCGUUGCCAAAAUGGGGAGUAAUCGUGAAGCUUUCUCUUUUAUUCUCAAUCCCAUACUUUUACUUCCUCUUCUACCAUUACAAGAUCGAACAAGGGUUGAAGAGAUCGAUCCUUAUCAAUGCUGGACUCAGUCUGGCCGGCUUCUUUGUUACUCUUAAGAUGAUACCCGUGGCUUCUAGAUACGUUCUGAGGCGCAGCUUGUUUGGGUACGAUAUCAACAAGAAGGGUACCCCUCAAGGAACUGUUAAAGUGCCUGAAUCAUUGGGAAUUGUUGUAGGCAUCAUCUUCUUGGUCUUGGCAAUCGUGUUCCAGUAUUUUAACUUGACAGCAGAUUCAAACAACUGGUUCAGUUCUAGGGUAUCUACAAGAAAGUUUCAGAAAAUUGAAAAACUACUGAUGCCUGAUACCAAUUUUGAGGUGUGAAUAGUUAUUAGCUUUAAUACACUUAGCUGAGCUCAAAUAAAAGUUUUAGGAUGAUUCCCUUUCAUAGUUUGGCUUUUGAGAAGUUUUGGCUUUUACUUCUUAAGUGAGGUUUCUUAAAAUUCCUUCUCGGGGUCUUCCUUUCUACUCCUAAUGGUAGUGCGCAUCUCAAACGUUGAGGGGCCACCACAAACUGCUACAGCAUAAACAUAGGCUGGUAGU